AUGACCAGCUUCCUCACGAAAGACCUACAAUGUACAAGCCUGUGGACGGUACACGGCCACCACCGACUAACCCACCGCCGGCCGUCAACUCCGGUCAGUCGCUUCCUCAAGAACGGGGUGCUAAAGGGGACGUCACGGACAGCGCACAACCACAGCAACCUGUCCCCCCGAGGAAUCCAGCCGCAGGAACCCGUGUUACCUCAGAACGAUCAACCCCGAGAGUACCCCGCCCCACAGAGCCGCCGGGUCCUAUCGUUUGGGGAUGAAGGGACGCUUGGGGCCGCCGGGCAGCAUCAACGCGAGCAGUCGGACCCAUUUGCGCCUACCACGCCAACCCCGCGUGGUAACGCGCCCCGGUACGAUCUUCCUCGGCCGACCAGCGCUCUCAUACAACCGCCGGCAGACCAAGGCGACUGGAAGAAUCUCGCACGGCGGGAACGAAAUCUGCCUCCAGGGUUUGGUAUCUCGCCAAUAGACUCGGCACCGCCGGUAAACGCGUCGAAACCCGGGGUAGACCUUUUCGAGUCGCUUGAACAGAAUGCUGUUGGCAAAUCCCCCGAAGUAGGGACCUCAAACGUUGGAGUAGACCAAUGGGCGCUUCUGGAAAAGCAGGCCGAAAAAAAGCAGAGCAAGGCGCAGAAGAGGCAGGCAGCGGCUGGCGACGAAGAGACCUGGGCUUGGACGGACGACUAUGCGGAAGAAUCCAGGCAGGCGAAGGUGCAACGUAUUGCGCGCGAGCUUCGUCAGGAGCAGGAGGCCGCCAAGGAAGAAGCCGCCGGUGCGACUGAUCCUACCGUUUACCCCUCUCGUCGUAAUGAGCGGGAUGCCCGAUACGGUCGAGGGGACCGGUAUGGCCGUGAUGCGGAAGCAGAGCGGCUGGAGAAGCCAAAAAAGCCCAAAGUUAGACGCAGAGAGGACAACGAGGACGAUGACUGGGAUGAUGAUUUCUACCAGGAAAAGCGCCGGAGGAAGGCCGAGAAGGCCGAGAGAGAGAGGGAAAGGCAGGCUGCGCUUGAAGCAGCUGGUCCGACGCCCAUCUUCCUUCCUGAAUUCAUCAGCGUGUCGAAUUUGGCGAUUGCUCUAGGCCAGAAAAUCGACGUAUUUGUGUCCCAGCUGGAGGAGCUUGGCUUUGAGGAGGUUAGCAAGGACAAUAUUCUCACGGGCGAGACGGCUGCAUUAGUGGCCCAGGAAUACGGCUUCGAGCCAACCGUGGAUGCCGGCGAGGACGAGGACCUCAAGCCGGCACCUGUUCCAACCAACCUCUCCUCGUUGCCGCUUCGGCCGCCCGUCGUCACGAUCAUGGGCCACGUCGACCAUGGCAAGACAACUCUCCUAGACUACCUGCGGAAGUCGUCGAUCGUGUCCCAGGAACACGGCGGUAUCACGCAACACAUUGGCGCGUUCUCGGUAAGCUUGUCCAGUGGAAAGCAGAUCACAUUCCUUGACACCCCCGGCCAUGCCGCCUUCUUGUCGAUGCGCCAGCGUGGCGCCAGCGUCACCGAUAUGGUGAUUCUGGUCGUUGCUGCCGACGACAGUGUCAUGCCACAGACCCUGGAAGCUCUCAAGCACGCCCGGUCCGCCAAGGUACCCAUCAUCGUGGCCAUCAACAAGGUCGACAAGCCCGAAGCCAAUAUCGAGCGAGUGAAGUCUGACCUUGCUACACACGGCGUCGAAAUCGAGGACUAUGGUGGCGACGUGCAGGUUGUCUGUGUCAGCGGCAGGACUGGCCAGGGCAUGAACGACCUGGAAGAGAACAUCCUCCUACUCUCCGAAAUGCUCGAUAUCCGCGCGGAGCCAGGCGGUUUGGCCGAGGGUUGGGUACUUGAGUCAACCAUCAAGCCGAUUGGUCGUGUUGCCACUGUCCUCGUUAAGCGUGGCACGCUCCGGCCCGGCGAUUUCAUCGUCGCCGGGCGCGUGCACGCCAAGAUCCGCUCGCUCCGGAACGAAGCCGGCGUUGAAGUUGACGAGGCGCCUCCCGGGACAGCCGUCGAGGUCCUUGGCUGGAGGGAACCACCUGACGCGGGCGACCAGGUUCUCCAAGCCCCCGACGAAGGCAAGGCCAAAGCCGCGGUCCGAUACCGCCAGGAACUUAAAGACCGCGGCGAAAUCAUUUCCCAGAUGGCCCAGCAAGAACAGGACCGCCGCGAGCGGGAUCUGGAGCGCGAGCGCGAAAGGGAACUCGCCGACGCCGCUGACCCACAGCCCAAUCGGAGACACCGUCGACGCCACAUCACCCGCGCGAUAGCCGACGCAGUCGCCGCCGAGCGCGAAGAGGACCCAGCCGACAAGACGCACUACGUCCCAUUCCUCGUCAAGGGCGAUGUGCACGGCUCGGUGGAGGCCGUCACGGCGGCGCUGCUCGAGCAGGGAAACAACGACGUCCGCGCCAAGGUGCUGCUCUCGGCGCCCGGGCAGAUCACCGAGUCGGACAUCGAGCACGCGGCCGUCUCUGGCAGCUUCAUCAUCAACUUCAACAACAACAUCCCCGCGCACAUCAAGCGGAUGGCGAACGACGCGGGCGUCAAGAUCCUCGAGCACAACAUCAUUUACCACCUGGUCGAGGAGGUGCGGGAGCGGAUGGUGGAGGCGCUGCCGCCGCUGGUCCUGAAGAGGGUGGUCGGCGAGGCCGAAGUGCUGGAGGUGUUCCCGAUCAAUAUCAAGAAGAGAAUUUUCAAGAAUAUUGCCGGGUGCAGGAUCGGGAACGGAUUCGUCAAGAAGGGGAGCAAGGCGAGGGUGAUCAGAAAUGGGGAGAGUGUCUAUGAGGGCACCAUCGAGACGCUCAAGCACCUCAAAAAGGAUGUGCAGGAGAUGAAGAAGGGCAGCGAGUGCGGCAUGUCAUUUGGCGACUGGGACGAGCUGCAGGCGGGUGAUAAUAUCCAGAUCCUCGAGGAGUACGAGGAGAAGCGGAAGCUGUAA